UGACAGAUGAAAAAAUAGUGCCGAUAGCAAAUAAUUCAGAACAAUAUAUUACUUUCUCAAAGAGCCAAACUAAAACACCAGAACAAUUAGCAAAAUGUUUUCCAAUUAUGUCAAAAUUCAUUUCACCUCAUUUAUUAUCAUUGCUUACACGUAAAGAAAUAUUCACAUAUCAGUGGUUAACUAGUAAAAACAAAUUCAAAGAAACGCAACUACCUUCUCGAAAAGAUUUUAAUAGUGACUUGAAUGGAGUAAAUUAUUGUGAGCAAGGAUGUGAAAGCAAAAAAUAUGCCAAUAAUUUAUAUGGUUGGGCAAUGUCGCAAUAUUUACCAACCGGUGGAUUUAAAUGGCUAUCAACAAAACCUUUGGAUGCAUCUCACCCUUUAGUGCAAAAAAUUUUAACGAUAAAAGAAAAUUCAAAUCGAGGAUGUUGCUUAGAGGUUAAGUUAUCAAUUCCAAAAGAAUUACGUCCCAAAUUUUGA